AUGAGCCCGACAUUUUCACCCCUCCCUGAGCAGCAGCAGUUGCACAGAACCGACUCUGCCUUUCCGCCUUCGAUGAUGCCCAGCUCGUCACCCAUUUACUCCUGCCGCCAGCCAUCGCCACCUCUGCAACACCACUCUCAGCAGCGGCAGCAUCAUCAGCACCAUCAACAACCCCCACCGCCCAUAGCUCAGCCAGGUCAAGCCAAUCUCCCACAGAAAGAGAAUACCCCGCCCUAUCCUCCCCAACGCGCUCAGGUUCCCCCGCAGUUGCCACCGCACGCAUCUUCUCUGCAGCAUCAUUCAGUUGCUCAAGCCCACCAGACCCAGCUCGCAAAUCAGGUCAUGAUGACUUCCCAGUUGCAACAUCCAGCGGUUCCUGACCAUCGCCCUGCCAACAAGGAUGAUGCGUCGCCCUCUUCCGGUCAAAUGGCUGCGCAAGGGGUGCUUGCAUCGUUCUCAAAGGUCGACGAAGCAACAGGUCGGAAGUACCAGUUCGUAUACCCUUCUUCGUUCACGAUGGGUGCCUACUCUCAUGAUGCCGCUACGGGUCGAGAGGUAGACUGCAAUUCUAUUGACCACUCAAUGUUUGUUCUUAAUGUGGAUUUAUGGAACGACGACGGGACCCGGGAGGUGAACCUGGUGCGCUCCUCAACGGGGAGCCCAUCCAUUUCCUCCACUACGCCGUAUUCUUAUUCAAGUUUGAACGGCGGAGAGACGUCCGCAGCUGCCUUUCCCCAGCAUGCUCUCCCAGCGAAUUACGAUCCAGCAUGCAGCCCGACACACCCCUUGGGCUACGUGCAGGAUUAUCAGAUGCAGCCAGGAUUUAGCCACGCGCAGCCAUUGUACACACAUAGUAGCACUUACGGUCCUCCGCAACAGUAUUUCCCGCAGCAUCAGACAUUUGGUCAAGAUGGUGCCGUUAUACCGGUGCCUUCCCAGGCAAAUAUGACCCAAUUUCAUAGGAACGGUAUUCCAGUGGCUCCGAACUAUCUUCAGGAGCAGGAUUCUCUGGCCAGAAUGGCCGUUGUUGGGGGUCAGCCACAAGGCAUGUUUACAAGGAACCUCAUCGGCAGCCUUGCUGCCAGUGCAUUCCGACUUAGCGACACCUCGGAUCACAUAGGCGUUUGGUUUGUGCUCCAGGACCUCAGUGUGCGCACAGAGGGUACCUUCCGCCUCCGAUUCUCCUUUGUUAAUGUCGGAGCACGAGGUGGCGCUCGUCGAGAAGGAAAUACCACCAAGAUCAACACCGGCCGAGCGCCGAUCCUAGCAUCAUGUUUCAGCGACACUUUCAACGUCUACUCCGCCAAGAAAUUUCCUGGCGUGUGCGAGAGCACUCCUCUGAGCAAGACGUUUGCCACGCAAGGCAUCAAGAUUCCCAUUCGCAAGGAUGCCAAUGCCAAAGGGGGAGAUGACGAUGACUAUGGCGAGUAA